ACGCUAGUGACAAUGUGGGGAGCUCAGUAAUAAAGGCGAUCACACUAGAAGACACGUUUGGAUGGGAAAAGUAUUCAUCUAGUGGUGUAGACCGUUACCAUAUGCAAUAUUAGUGAUAUGAAGAGUCACAGUGAACUAGUUCUAGAUUUGCUGGCGUCAUUUGACAAGUUAGUGAUGCAAAGACCUAGUGAUCACUAGAGAUGUUGCUGCUGCCUGACCAGACGUACGAGGAGGCCUCCUUGGAGCUGUUGACGGUGCUGAGACUUUGUGAUGACUUCUUAUCUCAGUACCGCAUUAGACCCGACUUCUUCUGUCGCUACCGGGAGAGACUGGCAGCCCUCAAGUGUCAAACUUUGAUGCCUUCCACCAGAGCUGCCUCUCAAUCAGCGUCACGCUCAGAUGCAUCCUCAUCCAAUGAAGCGGUUCAUCUUCAACAGAGACUCCGCAAUCUGAGCACGGAGUUGGUGACUCUUCGAAACAGACUGCAUGUUCAGGGCCAGGGCCAGCCCAAUAGUGUGUUAGCAGCACCUCCCACUACCACGAUACCAACCAAUACGACAACACCUCUCCCCACUACUACACCACUUAGCCAACCAACGAGUGGUGCUCCCCCCACUUUUCCUCGGCCACACCACCAACCACACCCUUUACCUGUGCCAGUAACCCAGGCGACCAAUAACGGGCCUACCAUUAUUGGAGACACGACGGGCAAGACUGCUAUGAGGCCGGUUGGCUGUGCCGAGCUUGAGGAUCUCAUACAUUUGGCUGGGCCACUCACCGAGGAUGCAGUCCUCAAAUGUUUACACGCCAGGUUUAGCGCCAGCCAACUUUAUACCAAUGUUGGACCUAUCCUGUUAUCGGUGAACCCCUAUACUGACAUACGUAACCCUCUCACCCUGACCAGCACCAGGGGAGUGUCUCUAUCUCCCAAACUGCUAAGGGUUGUACAGGAAGCGGUGAGACAACAAAGUGAGACUGGCUACCCCCAGGCCAUUAUUCUUUCAGGGACGAGUGGUUCAGGGAAAACUUAUGCCUCUAUGCUCCUCCUACGUCAGCUGUUCGACGUAGCGGGUGGAGGCCCGGAGACGGACGCCUUCAAACACCUCGCUGCGGCGUUCACAGUCCUGCGAUCCCUUGGUUCCGCCAAAACAACCUCAAACUCUGAAUCUAGUCGAAUUGGUCAUUUCAUAGAGGUGCAGGUAACUGACGGAGCAUUGUAUCGCACCAAGAUCCACUGCUACUUCUUGGAUCAAACCAGAGUCAUAAGACCACUUCCUAAUGAAAAGAACUACCACAUAUUUUACCAGAUGCUAGCUGGACUAACGCCAGAAGAGCGAGCAAAACUGAACUUGGAAGGCUACUCUCCAAGCAAUUUGUGUUAUCUACAACACGGAGACACAAGGCAAGACGAAGCUGAUGAUGCCGCUAGGUUUCAGGCGUGGAAAGCUUGUUUAGGAGUGCUGGGUAUUCCGUUCCUGGACGUUGUCAGAGUGCUGGCCGCAGUGUUGCUGCUUGGCAACGUACAGUUUGUAGACAGCGGAGGGCUAGAGGUGACUGUCAAGGGAGACACAGAGUUGACGGCUGUAUCGGGAUUGCUAGGAGUGACGUCGGCUGCGCUCUUCCGAGGCAUCACAUCGCGCACUCACAACGCUAGAGGACAACUUGUCAAGUCUGUCUGUGAUGCCAACAUGUCCAACAUGACUCGUGACUCACUAGCCAAAGCACUCUACUGCCGCACGGUCGCUACCAUAGUCAGGAGGGCCAACAGUCUAAAGAGGCUAGGGUCUACUCUCGGCACUCUGAGCUCGGACUCCAACGAGUCUGUGCAUAACCAAGCAGAGGUCGCUAGUCAGCAUGCAUCCACAGUUGGAACAGCUGGUUCCAAGUCCAGUAAAUCCAUGGCGGCUCUUAACAACGCAGUUAGGCAUGCCACCGACGGCUUUAUCGGAAUACUCGACAUGUUCGGCUUCGAGGACCCUAAACCCAGCCAGCUAGAGCACUUGUGCAUCAACUUGUGUGCGGAAACAAUGCAGCAUUUUUACAACACCCACAUCUUCAAAUCCAGUAUAGAAUCUUGCCGGGAUGAGGGAAUCCAUUGUGACGUUGAGGUGGACUAUGUAGACAACGUACCGUGCAUAGAUCUCAUAUCAUCCUUGCGCACUGGCCUGCUCAGCAUGUUGGAUGUAGAAUGUUCCAUUCGAGGAUCGUCUGAGUCUUACAUUGCGAAAGUGAAGGCACAACAUAGACAAAACCCAAGGCUCAUCGAAUCCAAGCCCAUCGAACCUAGAACUUUUGGCAUUCAACACUUUGCUGGCAAAGUCAUCUACGAUGCGACAGACUUUCUAGACACCAACAAAGACGUGGUGCCAGAUGACUUGGUCGCAGUUUUUCACAAGCAGACGUGCAACUUUGGGUUUGCCACUCAUCUGUUUGGCAGUGAGCUGAAAGCUUUAUAUUCAGUUGAGACUGUACCACGAGGAGUAAGCUUUAGAAUCUCUCCAACGUCACAUUCUGAUAUGUUGAAUGGAGAUGAGCCAGUUUCAACUUUAACGCAAGACUUUCAUACUCGCCUGGACAACCUGCUGCGAACAUUAGUGCAUGCAAGACCACACUUUGUUCGUUGUUUACGAGCGAAUGCUAAUGAGGUGCCAUGUCGCUUCGACAAGCCGACAGUAAUGCGGCAGAUUCGGUCACUGCAGGUGCUAGAAACGGUCAACCUGAUGGCUGGAGGUUAUCCACAUCGAAUGAGAUUCAAGGCGUUCAACGCUAGAUAUCGGCUAUUGGCACCAUGGGGGAAGCUGCGACGAUGUGAGGAGCGGACAACAGAAGACUGCAGACUCAUCUUGCAAUGUCUAGAAGAGAAACACGAGCUGAAGCAACCCAUCAGUCAAGUCAGCACUAGUUGGGCCUUUGGAAAGAGGCAUAUUUUCCUCAGUGAGGGUGUUCGUCAGCAGCUAGAGUGUCUGAGGUGGGAGACGAGACAUCGAGCUGCUGUCCUGAUACAAGCUACAUGGCGUGGCUGGCGACUACGACGGCGCUGGCCUACACUCAAACGCAACCUCGAGCUGCAUCAAGCAUCUAAUCCAACCCCUACUACCGCUGUAGGUGUACUGAGCAGGACGACAGGGGCACCUGCUGCUCCGCCCUCCGCCACACUCACCCGCCCCCGCCCCCAGCCCAUUGCUGGCACACCCCCACCAGACCCGAAUGAGAAGUACGACCAGAAAAUGAUACAGCAGACAUGCACUCUGUUCGGACUAGAUUUGGAGAGGCCUCCGCCAGUACCGCCCAGCAGACCAUACACAGUAGCGGGGAACACAAAACUGGGCUACCCUCAGACCCGCGUCAUGAAAAUGCCUUUCCCAGAGGACGGGACGGGAGAAGUAUCAUUACUGAAGGGUGACACAGUGGUAGUGGUGGGGGCGUCACCUCGUCGAGGACAUCUGGUGGUCGAGCACAGCAAUCACAGUCUCCACGUUCCUUUCCAGUUUCUAGAACUCAAACCGAGUUCAAUCAGCAUCUAGCCGCAACCUACCUUCCAAACUCCCAAAGAAACACCGGUGGACUACAUCCUUGGGAUGUGAUUUUCACCCGCACCUCUCGAAGGAAAUCAAAACAUUAGCUUUAACCUAUGGACUCAUGAAGUGAGCGUGGACAGCAGCUGUAACGAUGUUUCCUAUAAUAUGCCCAUCAAGUCAUCAUAGUUUUAUUCAUAGAGUAUUCCGUUAAAAGUACAAAGAUUUUAUUUAUAGCACUGCCAUAUAAGUGUGCUGUUUGUAGAUAAUGUAAAUACUAUUACGUGAAUAGUGUCAUUUUAUUGAUUGUAGUUGAGUAGUAUGUGAAAUGGAUCAAAUGAUUUUUUAUUGAAUAAAGUUAUUUAGUUUUAAAAUGUAGUUUCUACAAUUUGAUUUAAGUUUGUUUAGUUUGACAAGGAUAUAUAUUUCAGAUCUGUUAAAA